GCAUCGAAAAGAAAUGCGCAGACAAGCAUACAGCCCAGACUUGAAAACAGAGAUGUGCCGGAGCGAACAGUCACAUCUGCACUGGUAUGGACGGGAAACCUCCACGUUAAACACUUCAGAACGACCAGAAAGUCAAGCAGAGCAAAUGCGACGUCCCAUUGAAAACUCCCACUGUGCCCCCAGCGACAGAGGCACCCCCGUGAUUUCUGAGGUCCCUGAUGAAGCAGCGCACAGAAAAACUAGCGAGUGUGUGGAUGACGAAAGUGAGGAAGCACAACAACUCUUCGACGCGCGUUCAUGUCCCGACACACCCGAGGCCUGCUCCGCCCGGAAGAAAAAGACACGGACCGUGUUCAGCAGAAGCCAAGUCUUCCAACUGGAGUCAACCUUCGACAUGAAGAGAUACCUGAGCAGUUCUGAGCGCGCAGGCCUUGCUGCCUCUUUACACCUGACCGAGACGCAGGUGAAAAUCUGGUUCCAGAACCGCCGAAAUAAAUGGAAAAGACAACUGGCCGCAGAGUUAGAGGCUGCUAACUUUAACCACAGCUCCCAACGGAUCGUACGGGUGCCCAUCCUGUACCAUGAUAAAACUACACCCAUGUCGACAAUCAGUUUCAACGUGUCCCAGGUCUCGCCACCAAUCAUGGGCUUCUCGAAUUCCGUUAACUAUCCAUUGGCAUCCUUUGCGCAUUCAAUGAAUUUGUUGACAUCGCAAAUGACAGGACUCGUCUGA